GAGACAAGCUUAUUCCCGAACGAAGAGGCGCUGCAACGUGCGUUGCUUCACUGGCAGCGCUCUGCAAAUCAGGAUUAUGCUUACGCACGCAUAAAGCUCGGAGAUUAUUAUUAUUACGGGUACGGGACAACAGUUGAUUAUGAAAUGGCCGCAACGCAGUACAAAAUUGCAAGUGAUAGACAUCAGGCAGCACAGGCAAUGUUCAAUCUCGGAUAUAUGCAUGAGCAAGGCCUCGGAAUUAAUAAGGAUAUUCACUUAGCGAAACGUUUCUACGACAUGGCUGCAGAAACGAGUACCGACGCUUAUAUACCAGUCAAUUUGGCGUUGAUGAAACUUACCGCACUCUUCUUGUUAGAAUAUUUCAAGGAGGUCAGUCCUUAG